UUAUGUGAGGGAUCAGGCUUCCCCUCUCACUGCAGAGCAGCGUCCCGGGGGGCCUCUCCAGGACAACACGCAGACAGACAGGGCUCCAGGCCACCAGGAUGGCCACACCUGCCUCCCGACCCCGCCCACUUCUGCCGUCCCUGCUGCUGCCUCUGCUGCUGGGCGUCACCGGUGAGGCGGAGCUGCAGGUGAUCCAGCCUGAGAAGUCGGUGUCUGUGGCAGCUGGGGAGACGGCCACUCUGCACUGCACCGUGACCUCCCUGAUCCCCAUCGGGAAGGUGGAGUGGUUCAGGGGGACAGGGCCAGACCGGGAGUUAAUCUUCAGUUACAGAGGAGGACACUUCCCCCGAGUAACAACUGUUGCAGACGCCACAAGGAGAAACAACACGGACUUCUCCAUCCGCAUCAGCAACAUCACCCCAGCAGAUGCCGGUACCUACUACUGUGUGAAGUUCCAGAAAGGGACCCCUGAUGUGGAGUUUAAGUCUGGACCCGGCACCAGAGUGUUUGUGCCUGUGAAGCCCUCUCUUCCAGAGGUUUCUGGCCCCUCCAGCAGGGUCAGCCCAGGCCAGACAGUGAAUUUCACCUGCACAUCAACUGGCUUCUUUCCCAAAAAUAUAUAUCUGAAAUGGUUUGAAAAUGGCAUGGAGCUCCCAGUCCUUCAGACCUUCAUCUUCCUGCCUAAAGAUACUUCAUCCUACACCAUCGUCAGCACUACCCAGGUGACCCUUGACUUGUCUUCAUUCCACUCCCAGAUCACCUGCCAAGUGGCUCACAGUACACUGCCCCAACCCCUCAGUAGGCAUGUGAACAUCUCCAAAUUCCUCCAAGUUACACCCACAGUGACUGUAUCAGCACACGGUGUCCCAAGCCUCCAGGUGGCCAUCCUCACCUGCCACGUGCGAAGGUUUUACCCUGAGGUCAUACAGAUCACCUGGCUGGAGACCAACAGAUCCAUUAAGACCUGUGAGGCUUCCGCCCUGAGCAAGAACACAGAUGGCACCUUCAACCAAGACAGCCAUAUCCUGGUUUCCACCUCAGAGGACACAGCACUGAUCACCUGUCAGGUGUGGUGUGACGCCCGGCCGUUGGCCCAGGCCAGUAUGCGGCUGAGGGAGCGCAGAGCCGAGCCAGCAUAUGUGGAUGCCAGAGCGUUCAGCUCCCUCUUCGGAACCCUCAUCCUGCUUGGCUGGAAGUUAUUUCCCCUGACCGUGCUUGGCAUCUUCUAUGUCCUCAAGAGGAGAUUUCCUUCCAAGAGCACUGACCCAGGGGAGGCACUGGCUCAGAUGUCUGCAGCCACUACCAAAGCCUCUCCUGCCUCAUCCGCCUUCUGAGACCCAGCAGUGCUGGCUGUCCCCCCAUCUCCACCUGCUACAGUCAGUCCCCAGAGGAGACGAGAUCCCGGACUGAGAGAGUCAGUCUGAGAGGUAGACUCUCACAUCCAAUGAAGGAGAGGAGCUUCUCUGGAAAUUCUGGGCGUGAAGUUCAUGACCCUGAGCAAGAAAUCCAGCAGAGGCAAAACAGACUCCUACACAGGAAGAAACACAAUAACUGCACUUUGGAAGGCCCCUCCCAGACUCCUCAAGGAAAGCCCAUGGUGGGCACCCUAACUGCUAUGACACCUUUACAGCUCCAUCAUUAAAACAGUAUUGUUUA